AUGAGUCGAUCACGUAGUCCUUCGAGUAAAAAACAUAAACGACGAAAAUCAUCACAUGAUCGAAAUAGAUCAAAAGAUCGUUCGAUAACUAGUUCUUCAAAACGACAUAGAUCACGUUCACAUGAUCGAGAUAAAGAAAAAAAAUCUAAACGAUUUCAUCGUCGUUCGACAAGUGAAUCAUCAAAUGAUGAUCGUGAAGAUUCGUUAUCAACAACGAAUAUUAGUCGAAAAACUACUCUAAACGAAUUAACUGAUUUAGCAUCUCGUAAACAAGCUGAAAUUGAUCGACUAGCUGAAUUAGAACGAGAACGUAUACAACUAUUACGUCAAAAAGAAACUCGUGAAAAUUUAAUUCAAGCUGAAGUUGAUCGACGUGUAAAAGAUAUUGUUGAAAUACGUGUACGUGAAGAACUUGAACGUCGUAAAGAUGAAAUUGAAAAUGAAGUUAAACGACGUGUUGAUGUAUUAAAACGAACAAUGGAAAAACAAAUGUUAAUUGAAAUUGAAAAACGUAAUCAUGAAGAAAUGAGAAAAUUAAUUGCAAAAGAAGAAGAAGAAAGAAAAAAACGAGAAGAUUUAGAACGAAUUCUGACUGAAAAUGAACGUAAAUUAACUGAAACUAAAAAACGACUUGCUGAUGAAGAAGAAAAAUUACGUACCGAGCAGUUACGUUUAAUGGAAGAUCGAGAACGAUUCGAACGACAAUUAGGCAAACAACAUGCAAAAGAACAAAAUCUUAUUUUAGGCAAAAAUAAAACACGACAAAAAAUUUCUUUUACAUUAAAUAGUGUUCAGUAA